AUGAAACAAGGAUUGUCAGUUGUACCAGAUUCAAACAUAAAGCAUCUGUCAGUUCUUGUUUCAUUACCAUCGUCAAGUCGUUUAUAUGAAAUACUUGAACAAAAAAUGAAAACAAUUGGAAGUUCAGUCAAAAUUAUUUCAAUUGAAAUAAUUAAAAAUCCUUUGUUAGAAGGCAUGUAUGAAGCAGUGAAAAAAAUUAUUGCCAAGCAAUGUAAAGGUUAUGAUCCGAAUGAACGUGAAUUAUUUCAUGGAGCUCAUGGACUUGGAAUUGAUGGAAUUAAAGAAAAUGCUUUUGAUGAUCGAUAUUUUAAUGCAAGCGGAGAUUGGGGUAAGGGUGCAUAUUUUGCUGAUGAUCCUAGAAAAUCUCACUGUUAUACGAUUCCUGAUCCAAGAGAUGGAACACGCGUUAUUUAUUACAGUAAAGUCUUAUUAGGCAUUGAAUUAAAACAAGACUCAACUAAUUCUAGCUUGGUACAGGCUCCAUUAGGUUUUCAUUCUGUUGUUGGAACAUUGGGUGGAUUUACACAAUAUAUUGUUUAUCGAUAUGGUCAAGCGUUGCCAUGGAUAAGAAUUAUUUACAAGGCUUGA